CCGAAGUGUAUCACCAGACAUCUAUAGAGCGUAGGCGACAACAACAUUCAAAUGUUGCGACUAUUGAUAAACGGUGUUAAUUGCUAACAGUUCCUCCAAGGUGUUCCAGCGGUAAUAUAAGGACCUCACACGACAAUAGUCACUCAGGCAUACAUAGUAGGCGUCAGGGUGUAGAGCACGAAGGGAAAGCUAGCAACUCUAGACACAAGGGCAACUUGGCGCUAUGUGCAGGAUGCAGUGCACGAUUUCCACUUGGAGAUCAGUGAUAAGCACAGUCCCAAGAUGGCAACCUUCGUUCUCAGAUUAUCAGCGACCGGGCGCCAAUCCCUGGGCGGGCAGAGCGAGACCUGGAUUGGAUGACAGCUUAGGGGGGACUCCACGAUGCGAGCACCCUAGUCCAUUGCCCGCCACCUCGACUGCGCAUCAAUAAUACCUGACUCUCUGCCCAUCUCAGCAGAGCGAAUGUUAGGAUUGGGAAGGCCUCGACUCAAAGCACGACCGUCACUGCUGGAUCUGAUUAGCAGACGCGAGGAGCAAUUGACCACUAUUGCAACUCCGAGCGUUACCCAGUCGUCACCACCGUCACCGCCCGAGCUGCCACCGCUUCCAGACUCGCCCACCUCAACCAGCUCGACUACCUCCACCACCUUCCCCGUGUCUACCCCGUCCACUCAAACCUCCUCCACGAUGGCUCCGGCACAGGAUGACAGCCAUACUCAUGGCUCGGUCUUCUCAGUCUCCGGCCCUGUCGUUGUUGCCGAGCACAUGAUUGGUUGUGCCAUGUACGAGCUGUGCCAUGUUGGUAAGGAUUUGCUUGUUGGUGAAGUCAUUCGACUCGACGGCGACAAAGCCACUAUUCAGGUCUACGAAGAAACCGAUGGUCUGACUAUCGGCGAUCCCGUUGCGCGGACCGGCAAGCCUCUGUCCGUCGAGCUGGGCCCCGGUCUGAUGGAGACGAUCUACGACGGUAUCCAGCGACCCCUCCGUGCGAUCUCCGACAAGUCCAAGGGUAUCUACAUCCCCCGCGGUAUUCGCGUGAAUGCCCUGGACCGUGAAAAGAAGUGGGAUUUCAAGCCGGUCAACUUCAAGGUUGGAGACCACAUUACCGGUGGUGAUAUCUGGGGUACUGUGUUCGAGAACAGCUUGGUCAACGACCACAAGAUCCUUCUGCCCCCCCGUGCCCGCGGUACCAUCACCCGCAUCUCCCCCGCCGGUAGCUACACUGUGGAGGAGAAGCUUCUGGAGAUUGAGUUCGAAGGCAAGAAGUCCGAGUUCGGCAUGAUGCAGACCUGGCCCGUCCGUGUGCCCCGCCCCGUCAGCGACAGAAAGUCCGCCGAUUCGCCCUUCAUUGUCGGCCAGAGAGUGCUGGAUGCUCUCUUCCCCAGUGUGCAGGGUGGAACUGUGUGCAUCCCCGGUGCCUUCGGAUGCGGCAAGACCGUCAUCUCCCAGUCUGUGUCCAAAUUCUCCAACAGUGAUAUCAUUGUCUACGUCGGCUGUGGUGAGCGCGGUAACGAGAUGGCUGAGGUGUUGAUGGAUUUCCCCGAGCUCUCUAUCGACGUCGGUGGCCGUAAGGAACCUAUCAUGAAGCGUACCUGCUUGAUUGCCAACACCUCGAACAUGCCCGUCGCUGCCCGUGAGGCCUCUAUCUACACCGGUAUUACAAUCGCCGAGUACUGGCGUGACCAGGGAAAGGACGUGGCCAUGAUGGCUGACUCGAGUUCUCGCUGGGCCGAGGCUCUGCGUGAGCUUUCGGGUCGUCUGGGUGAGAUGCCUGCCGAUCAGGGUUUCCCUGCCUACCUGGGUGCGAAGCUCGCCUCGUUCUAUGAGCGUGCCGGCAAGAGCAGUGCUCUCGGUAGCCCCGAGCGCAUCGGCAGUGUCAGCAUUGUCGGUGCCGUCAGCCCACCCGGUGGUGAUUUCUCCGACCCCGUUACUUCCAGUACCCUGGGUAUCGUGCAGGUCUUCUGGGGUCUUGAUAAGAAGCUGGCUCAGCGCAAGCACUUCCCGUCCGUCAACACCUCCAUGUCUUACAGUAAAUACACCACGAUCUUGGACAAGUACUACGAGAAGCACAACCCGGACUUCCCUCGCCUGCGUGACCAGGUCCGUGAGCUCCUGUCCAAGUCCGAGGAUCUAGACCAGGUCGUGCAGCUGGUUGGUAAGGCGUCGCUGGGUGAUUCGGAUAAGAUCACUUUGGACGUGGCUGCCAUGGUCAAGGAUGACUUCCUCCAGCAGAACGGCUACAGUGACUAUGAUCAGUUCUGCCCCCUGUGGAAGACCGAGUAUAUGAUGAAGGCCUUCAUGGGCUUCCACGAUGAGGCCCAAAAGGCGAUCGCCCAGGGCCAGAACUGGAACAAGGUCCGUGAUGCCACUGCUGAUCUCCAGACUUCUCUGCGCAGCAUGAAGUUCGAGAUCCCUGAUAACCAGGAGGAGGUGACGGCCAAGUACGAGAAGCUCCUCCAGUCCAUGACUGAGCGGUUCGCUUCCGUUUCGGAUGAAUAGAUGUAGAUUGGGCUUGGUGGGUGUGUCUUUGUUUCUUUUUUGCUUUGCCCCCUUUGCAUCAUCUCUCUUUUUUCUUGCGGAUGUUAUAUCUGUCUAGCACAAAUUACCCUGUAGUUAUUCUUGAACCAAUUUUCCUCUUUGGGGCAGAUAUUUGUUCACGAACAGUAUAAUACUUGACCUAGAACGUAUACGAUAGACCUCAGAUCAGGCGACAAUGAAAAGGACUGGACCAGAAAGAA